CUCACACAAUCCGUACAAUCUUCAUCUUCUUCUUCCUUCUCCUUUUCUCUUUCUUUCUUUCUUUCUUUCUUUCUUUCUUUCUUUCUUUUUCGUUUUCCAAACCAUUUCCUUAUUUAUUCAACACAAAAUUCCAUUCCCACAUUUUUCUCCCUGAAGUGGAAUGCUCCAACAUCAACAACAACAAUGGUGGGGUUAAGCGUGAUUUUAGAAUCCAACCAAGGAGAUUUCCCUAAAAAACCCUACUCCACCUCCAUCCUUCUCACAAAUCUCACCCUCAACUACUCCAAAUCCUCUCUCAAAACCCCCUCCUCUCGCCUCCAUUCCUGCUUCCUCUGCCAACACAAACUCCUGCCUGGAAAUGAUAUCUACAUGUACAAAGGAGAUAGGGGAUUUUGCAGUGAGGAAUGUAGGCGCAAGCAGAUUUUCAUGGAUGAAGAAGAGAGUUUUAUGAAAGAUAAUAAUAAUUCUCGUAAAACCCCGUCGUCUUCCAGCUCUGAAUCUCCUUCUUCUUCUUCUUCUUCUUCUUCAAUGGCGGCGGCGGCGGCGAAGGCGGCUUCUAGUAGUAAUAAUAACCGCAAAGCCACGAGGAAUCGGAGGGGACAGUUUUGAGAGGGUUUCGGAUGAAAAUUACGGAAGUACCCUUUUGUAAUUUACUAAAUUACGUUUUUGUCCAACAAUGGAUGAGAUGAGAAAAACCCUAAUCUAACUCCCUUUGUUUCAAUUUGAAUCAUAGGUUUAAAAAUAUUAUUACAUUCCUUUCCUU